AUUUAUGUAAAAAAAAUCGAUAAAAACACUUCUCAGUCCCAAUAUGGAACGAGAAUGAAUCAUUCUGAAUGAUGACAAUUGAAAUGGAAAGUAAAUAUCCGAUUAGAAAAGAAGAACAAUAGAUAUAGUCAUAGAUAAAAAGAGAAGAUAUUGAAUGUGUCUCGCCGAUAACACACAAUCAUCGUUCCAACUGCUUCCUUUGAUAAGCGAUGGCCUCUCCCACCGAGCCUUCUAGUUCUCGCUCCGUCUUUCUCGGCAUCGAUGUCGGCACCGGCAGCGCUCGCGCUGGCCUGUUUGACGAGGAAGGGAAGCUUCUUGGUUCGUCUAGCAGCCCGAUACAGAUAUGGAAAGAUGGUGACUUUGUUGAGCAAUCCUCUACAGAUAUAUGGCUUGCAGUAUGUGCUGCUGUAAAAGCAGCCUGCUCUAGAGCAAAAGUUGCACCUACAGAAGUAAAGGGCCUGGGAUUUGCAGCUACUUGUUCACUUGUUGCGGUGGAUUCUGACAGCUCACCUGUUUCGGUUUCUUCGACUGGUGAUUCAAGAAGAAAUGUGAUAGUAUGGAUGGAUCAUAGAGCUGUAGACCAAGCCGAAAGGAUCAAUAAAAGUAACUCACCUGUAUUGGAAUACUGUGGUGGAGGUGUUUCACCUGAAAUGCAACCGCCAAAGCUUCUAUGGGUUAAAGAAAAUUUGCAAGAAUCUUGGUUAAUAGUUUUCAGGUGGAUGGAUUUGAGUGACUGGUUGUCAUACAGGGCUACAGGAGAUGAUACUCGUAGUCUUUGCACCACAGUUUGUAAAUGGACAUAUCUUGGUCAUGCUCACAUGCAGUAUGCAAAUGAUAAAGAUUCCCGAGAUAUGGAGGCUUGUGGGUGGGAUGAUGAGUUUUGGGAGGAAAUUGGUUUGGGUGAUCUUCUUGAAGGACAUCAUGCUAAGAUAGGACGAAGUGUUGCUUUCCCUGGCCAUCCUUUGGGUUCUGGCCUUACUCCUGCUGCAGCGAAGGAACUGGGUCUUGUGCCAGGAAUUCCUGUUGGGACAUCACUGAUUGAUGCUCAUGCUGGUGGUGUGGGAGUAAUUGAAAGUGUGCCCCCAUCUGAAGCUGAAGAGCAUGACGAGGAAGAUAUUUGCAACCGUAUGGUGUUAGUUUGUGGUACUUCUACAUGCCAUAUGGCUAUAUCCCGGAGAAAAUUGUUCAUUCCUGGGGUUUGGGGUCCGUUUUGGUCAGCAAUGGUACCAGAAUAUUGGCUGACUGAAGGUGGGCAAAGUGCUACUGGUGCAUUAUUGGAUCAUAUAAUUGAAAACCACGCGGGUUCUAUACUCCUUGCAAAUCGAGCUGCUUCCCAAAAGAUCUCAGUGUUUGAGCUUCUAAACAAGCUCUUGGAAACAAUUAUGAUUGAGCAAAAACUAUCCUUUUUAGGUGCCCUAACUGAAGAUAUACAUGUUCUUCCUGACUUUCAUGGGAACAGGUCUCCCAUUGCAGACCCAAAAUCAAAAGGAGUUAUCUAUGGUUUGACACUUGACACAAGUGACAAGCAGUUGGCUCUUCUAUACCUGGCAACUGUGCAGGGCAUUGCAUAUGGCACACGUCACAUUGUAGAACACUCCAAUGCCCAUGGUCACCAAAUCAGCACACUACUUGCAUGUGGUGGCUUAUCAAAGAACCCUGUCUUCAUUCAGGAACAUGCUGAUAUUAUUGGUUGCCCUAUAAUUCUUCCAAGGGAAAGUGAAUCUGUGCUCUUGGGUGCUGCUAUUCUAGGUGCUGUCGCUACAAAGAAAUAUAGUAGCCUUAGGGAGGCCAUGAAAGCCCUGAAUGCAGCUGGUCAGGUUAUUCAUCCAUCUAAUGAUCCCAAAGUGAAGAAGUACCAUGAAGCUAAAUACCGGAUAUUCCGUGGCCUUUAUGAACAGCAGCUCUCUAAUCGUUCCAUGAUGGCUCAGGCCUUGGCAUAGCAUUGUAGAAUGCUAGAACAGUUGGACUCAAACCUUCAAUUACAUUAGAUUUACAAAGCCUAUAUUCAUGCCUCAUGCAUGCAAAGAUUGACAUUUUGAUGCCAUAUUGAUUUUUCAAAGUUAUGUUUUUCAGUAACAUUUAAGGUAUAAGGGAAAGCAAUAAUCAAUACCUAGAUGAAAAUUCUUGAACAGAUUUAUGUACAGUUUCAUCCCCCCUUGAAAAUUCUUGAAAGGAUUUAUAGAAACUCCACUUCAUUCUUGAAAA